AUGGGGUCCCAAGAACCAACCCCCGAGAACAUGACCAUGAUGCAGGGAUUCGAAUGGUAUGUGCCUGCCGAUGGUAAGCACUGGGUACGGCUGGAUAAGAGAAUCCCUCAGCUAAAGGCCUGGGGCAUCGACAACAUCUGGGUACCUCCGGGAUGCAAGGGGUCCAGCAACGAGGGCAACGGAUACGAUAUCUAUGACCUAUACGAUCUGGGCGAGUUUGACCAGAAGGGCUCCGUGGCUACAAAAUGGGGCACCAAGGAGGAGCUGCAGAGGCUCUGCUCCAACGCCAAAAAGAAUGGCGUUGGCAUCUACUGGGACGCGGUCCUUAACCACAAGUUCGCUGCCGACCACAAGGAGAAAUGCCCAGCCGCAGAGGUGGAUGAGGAGGACCGGAACAAGUUCAUCAGCGACAAAUAUGAGAUCACAGCGUGGGUUGGCUUCGAUUUUCCAGGCCGGAAGGGCAAAUACUCUGAGCAAAAGUACCACUGGUACCACUUCAGUGGCGUCGACUUCGACGCCGCAAGUGGCAAGAAGGGCAUCUUCAAGAUCAUGGGUGAGCACGACCAGGGAUGGGCCGACGAUGGAGACGUCGACAGCGAGAAGGGAAACUACGACUACCUCAUGGGCUCAGACCUGGACUACUCCCACCCGGAGGUCGAGAAGGACGUGCUGGACUGGGGCGGCUGGCUCGCCGGCGAGCUACCCCUGGCGGGGAUCCGCUUCGACGCGAUCAAGCACUACAGCGAGGACUUUUUGCGCAAGUUCAUCACCAUGUUGGACGAAAAGUACGGCCGCGGCUGGUUCUUUAUCUCGCAGGGCGACGGCGCCGACAUGCGCAAGGUGUUUGACGACACGCUGGUGCAGCGCGAGCCCAUCAACGCCGUUCCCUAUCAGGCUCUUGAGGCCCCGAUCGCCGACUGGUUCAGGCCGCUCGCCUAUGCGCUGAUCCUCCUGCGCGCCUCGGGCUACCCCUGCGUUUGGUACGGCGAUCUAUACGGCAUCAAGGGAGAGCACCCCUUCCCUCCCAGCUGCGGCGGCGCGCUGCCCAAGCUGAUGCUUGCCCGCAAGCUCUAUGCGCCUCGCUUUGCAUACCCAAUGCGGCCAUCCCCCAGCCCCGGCAUUGAUGUCGAGAUUAAAGUCAAGGGCCUGGAACUAACCUCUCGAGUCGCAACCGCAACCACCCACCACAUCCAGUACGGCGAGCAAGCCGACUACUUCGACUUCGCGACCUGCCUGGGCUGGGUAAAGUACGGCACCUGGGACCGGCCGCACGGGUGCGCCGCGGUGCUCAGCAACGCCGGGCCCGGCGAGAAGCGAAUGCACGUGGGCGAGAUCCACGCCGGCGAGCGCUGGACCGACGUGCUCGGCUGGUCGGACCGCGAGGUGGAGAUCGGGCCCGACGGCUUCGGCGUCUUCCCCUGCGGCCAGUGCAGCGUCAGCGUCUACGCCAACAAGGACGCCGAAGGGCGAGAGCGGUUCUCGGAAGAUUUGUGA